AGUGAAGAUGCCAACCCCCAACAUCUCCACCUCUGCAGCCAAAGGCUUCCGCAGGGCGGUGUCAGAGCUGGACUCCAAGCAAGCUGAGGCCAUCAUGUCUCCACGGUUCAUUGGUAGACGCCAAAGCCUCAUUGAAGAUGCCAGGAAGGAACGAGAGGCUGCAGCUGCAGCCACCGAUGCUGCAGAGUCCACGGAGACAAUUGUUUUUGAGGAGAAGGAUGGGAGAGCCAUGCUGAACCUGUUCUUCAUGCUCAAGGGUGCCAAGACCUCUCCACUCUCACGAGCGCUUAAGGUGUUUGAGACAUUUGAAGCUAAAAUCCACCACUUGGAGACAAGACUCAGCCGAAAGCCCCGUGAAGGGACUGCUGAACUGGAGUAUUUUGUGCGCUGUGAGGUGCACAGCUCUGACCUCAAUACUUUCAUUAGCUCCAUCAAGAGGGUAGCAGAAGAUGUGAGGACCACUAAGGAAGACAAAUUUCACUGGUUUCCCAGAAAAAUAUGUGAACUGGACAAGUGUCACCAUUUGGUCACAAAGUUUGACCCUGACUUAGACUUGGAUCACCCGGGCUACUCUGACCAGGUAUAUCGCCAGAGGAGGAAAUCAAUAGCAGAAAUCGCUUUUCACUAUAAGCAUGGGGACCCAAUCCCUCGUGUGGAGUACACAGCAGAGGAGACUGCUACCUGGAAGGAGGUGUACAGCACUCUGAAGAGCCUGUAUCCAACCCAUGCCUGCAAGGAGUACCUAGAAGCUUUUAAUCUACUGGAGAAAUUCUGCGGCUACAAUGAGAACAACAUCCCCCAGCUGGAGGAGGUCUCCCGCUUCCUGAAAGAGAGGACUGGCUUCCAGCUCCGGCCUGUGGCCGGCCUGUUGUCUGCACGUGACUUCCUUGCCAGCCUGGCCUUCCGUGUGUUCCAGUGCACACAGUAUAUCCGCCACGCAUCUUCGCCCAUGCACUCCCCUGAGCCGGACUGCUGUCAUGAGCUACUGGGGCAUGUCCCAAUGCUGGCUGACAAGACGUUUGCCCAGUUCUCCCAGGACAUUGGGCUUGCAUCUCUGGGAGCAACUGAUGAAGAAAUUGAGAAACUGGCAACACUUUACUGGUUUACAGUGGAGUUUGGACUCUGCAGACAGAAUGGGAUAGUCAAAGCCUAUGGGGCAGGGCUCCUGUCUUCCUAUGGGGAGCUCAUACACUCCUUGUCAGAUGAACCAGAGGUACGAGACUUUGAUCCUGAUGCUGCUGCCGUUCAGCCCUACCAGGACCAGAACUACCAGCCUGUGUAUUUUGUGUCUGAGAGCUUCAGUGAUGCCAAAAACAAGCUGAGGAACUACGCAGCACAUAUCAAGAGGCCCUUCUCAGUGAAAUACGAGCCCUACACCCACAGCAUCGAGCUCCUGGACAGCCCCCAGACCAUCUGCCACUCCCUGGAGAGUGUAAGGGACGAGCUUCAUUCGCUGAUUAACGCGCUCAAUGUGAUCAGUUAAUAAGAGAACUGGGCUCUUCCAUUCCCCCCUGCCCUCCCCUGUUCCUAGUCUGUAACUUUUACCUGUUGUCUCCAAACAUUUGCACUGCUGCCUGUCCCCAUGCUACCCCAACAGUUUACCACAUUA